AUGGCCGACUACGACCGCAGACAGGGCGGCGGAGGGUACAAUCCGCGGAAGAGACGAUACAGGGAGGAUGACGACCACCACCAGUCCUACCGCGACCAACGCGGCCCGCGCCGCCGCCACGAGCCCCCCGUCCCCUCCCGCCUGCGCAAGCAGAUCAUCGACCUGGCCGACAGCCCCCUCCGCCGCGUCCAGGAGGAGGUCAAUGGCGUCGCCCACCUCCUGGCCGACAACUACGACGACGAGCGGCUGCGCGCCAACUUUGUCGACCUGGUCCUGCAGCUCGCCGUCGAGCAGCCCCUCAAGACACCAUUCGCCGCUGCUGUUGUGCUGGUCGUCAACACCCUGACGCACAAGCCGCCUCCCACCCAGGCGGCUGCCAACGGCGGGGACGAUGGUCUCGACACUAAUAUGGAGAACGGCGGACAGGACCAGUCAGCGGCCGUGGAGCCCCAGCCCACCAGCGGUGUUGUGGAUGAUCUGCUGGCCAAGGCCGCUGCUCAGGUCGAGGAGAAGGUCAGGCUGGGCGAGUGGCGCGCCGUGAAGCUCUACCUCAAGUUGCUUGCGUGCUUGCAGAGCUGUCUGGAGGGCGACGGUGUCUUCCCUAUCCUCGAGGACCUCUUCAACCAGGCUGUCGAGCUGCAGACUGCCAACAAUGAGGAUACCAUCGGUACCGAGUUGGUCAAGAUCAUCCUCCUUACAAUACCCUACGCAGUCUCGGCCGCACCCGAAAAGACGGAGAAGCUUGCUACGGAGCUCCUGGACAAGACGGAGGUCAUUGCUGGGGAGCCACACGCCCUGCAGAACCUGAUUGAUCCAUUCCACCCAGAGGCGGACGAGAAAAGCCCUGCUGCAACCAUGAGCUUCCUGGGGUUACUGCAGACGCAGUUGCAAGCUGAGGCGAGCAGCGGGUGGAAGCUGGCGUGCUUGCCGAGGCCGUGGAAGAUGCCGCUGGAGGAGGUGGAGCAGCAGGAGAAGCUCGACAACUGCCCUCAGCACAAGCUGCCCGCCAUCACAAUCCCCGAGACUCUGAUCGCCGGGCCGAGGCCCUUGUUCCCAGAGAUCUUCUUCUCUGUGUACAUGGGCCAGGAAAUCGAGUCGGUUCCUCCGGUUACGAGCAUCGCAGCAUCUCUGAUACGCGACAAUCUGGUAGACACGAUUAAUGUUCUGCAUUUCAACCGAACUGUCGCCGCCAGACGGCUGAUCGAUAUCGACAACUACUUCGCCGAGGGGACUUUCGUCAGCCGGGCCACGCCUUUCGACCAGAUUCGAGACGUGCCCGAAGGGAAAUCCACCUGGAAGCCCGAAGACGUUGUGGUCGAUGCUGUGUUCUCUCAGCUAUUCCUGCUGCCUGCUCCAGAGCAGAAGCUUGUCUACUACCACUCCGUGCUCACCGAGGCCUGUCGGAUCGCCCCAGCGGCCAUCGCACCUAGUUUCGGCCGAGCGAUAAGAUUCCUCUACCGGAACAUUGGUCGCCUUGACAUUGAGCUGGGCCAGCGCUUUACCGACUGGUUCUCGCACCACCUGAGCAACUUUGGUUUCACAUGGAAGUGGACCGAGUGGACUGCGGACGUCAAACUGCCAAAUCUGCACCCUUGCAAGGCAUUCAUCAUGGGCGCCAUCGACAAGGAGAUCCGGCUGAGCUUCGCUGGCCGGAUCAGGAAGACUCUCCCUGAAGGCUACCAGGAAUUAGUCCCUCCUGAGAAGGACGUUGAAGAGCCUCCUUUCAAGUUUGAGAAGGAUGACACGCCAUUCGCACAGGAGGGCCGCGAAUUGGCACAACUGCUGAAGCGCAAAGCCUCAGACGAGGACAUCCAGCCCGUCAUCGAGCGGAUCCACUCCCUCGCCAUCGACCAGGGCCUGGACCCUCUCGUGGCCAGCACCGACGUUUUCACCACGGCGGUUCUCUCCAUCGGCAGCAAGUCCCUCUCCCACGUGCUGGCCGCCAUCGAGCGCACCAAGGAGCGUCUGAUGGACGCGGGCGCGACGUCGGAGCCGGCCCGCGCGCAAAUCAUCACGGCGGUCAUGGACUUCUGGAGCGCACACCCUGGCGUGGCCAUCACCAUCAUCGAGAAACUCCUCAACUACAGCAUCGUCAGCCCCUCGGCCGUGGUGCAGUGGGCGCUGGUCCGCCACGCCGGCGAGACGCGUGGCGAGGCCCUCGCCCGCAGCCACAUCUAUGAGCUGGUAUUCAACACCAUCAACAAGGUCACCAAGCGCAUGCGCGAGGUCGUCGCUUCCGCCAACACGCCGGCCGCCGGCGCCGCCGAGGCCAAGGCCGAGGGCGGUGGCGAGGACACCAACAUGACCUCCGAGCUGGAGGACGCCAAGAAGCGCGAGGCGCAGGCGGCGCGCGACCUCUUCCGCACCACGGAGGAUGCCCUCGUCGCGUGGGCCUCUGGCGCCAAGGACGAGCUCAUGGAGGACGCGGGCGGGCUCUCUGAUUCCGAGAGGGAGGAGCGCGAUCGUCUUGUCAGGCGGUGGGGGGACCGCUGGUUGCGGGUCGUCAGGAGGAGGGCUGCUAUCGAGGAGACUUUCUUGCUUGAGGCGGAGAAGAACACCAAGGCUUGA